CAUAACUCCUACUGUAGAACUAAAUGCUCUGUGCAUGAAACUUGGAAAAAAACCAAUGUAUAAGCCUGUUGACCCUUACUCUCGGAUGCAGUCCACCUACAGCUACAACAUGCGAGGAGGUGCUUAUCCCCCAAGGUACUUUUAUCCAUUUUCAGUUCCACCUUUCUUUUAUCAAGUUGAACUUUCUGUGGGAGGACGGCAGUUUAAUGGAAAAGGAAGGACAAGACAGGCCGCAAAGCACGAUGCUGCUUCUAAAGCAUUGAGGAUUCUGCAGAAUGAGCCCCUUCCUGAAAGGCUGGAGGUAAAUGGAAGAGAAUCGGAAGAAGAAAAUCUCAAUAAAUCAGAAAUAAGUCAAGUGUUUGAGAUUGCACUUAAAAGGAACUUGCCUGUGAAUUUUGAGUCUUUCCCUCUAAAACAGGUCGCCCGUGAGAGUGGCCCGCAUCACAUGAAGAGUUUUGUGACCAAGGUGUCAGUCGGGGAAUUCAUAGGGGAAGGUGAGGGGAAGAGCAAGAAGCUUUCGAAGAAGAACACUGCGAUUGCUGUCCUUGAGGAGUUGAAGAAGCUCCCGCCUCUGCCCACAGUUGAACGUGUGAAACCCAGAAUCAAAAAGAAAACCCAGUCAAUAGUCAAGGUCGCUAAGCCUCACACAGGCCCAGACUAUGGCCAGGGGAUG